GAAGAACGUUCAAGAGUAGAUGAUUUGCGUGGGAGUCCAAUGUCUGUAGGUACAUUAGAAGAAAUCAUUGAUGAUAAUCAUGCAAUUGUAUCAACAUCAGUUGGAAGUGAACAUUAUGUCAGCAUAUUGUCAUUUGUUGACAAAGAUCAGUUAGAACCAGGGUGCUCUGUACUACUUAACCACAAGGUUCAUGCUGUGGUUGGAGUGCUUUCUGAUGAUACUGAUCCUAUGGUGACUGUAAUGAAACUUGAAAAGGCACCACAAGAAACAUAUGGUGACAUUGGUGGUUUAGAUCAACAAAUUCAAGAAAUAAAAGAAUCUGUUGAACUGCCCUUAACCCAUCCUGAAUAUUAUGAAGAAAUGGGUAUUAAGCCUCCUAAGGGGGUUAUUUUGUAUGGGCCUCCAGGAACAGGAAAAACCUUAUUAGCUAAAGCUGUUGCCAACCAGACUUCAGCAACAUUCUUGAGAGUUGUUGGAUCUGAACUUAUCCAAAAGUACUUGGGAGAUGGUCCAAAAUUAGUGAGAGAAUUGUUUCGUGUAGCUGAAGAACAUGCACCAUCUAUAGUAUUCAUUGAUGAAAUAGAUGCAGUUGGUACUAAACGAUAUGAUUCAAAUUCUGGUGGUGAACGUGAAAUUCAGCGUACUAUGCUGGAACUUCUUAAUCAGUUGGAUGGUUUUGAUUCAAGAGGCGAUGUUAAAGUGGUUAUGGCUACAAAUCGUAUUGAGACUUUGGAUCCUGCCUUGAUCCGUCCUGGUCGUAUUGAUCGUAAGAUAGAGUUUCCGUUGCCAGAUGAAAAAACCAAACGUCGUAUAUUCAAUAUCCACACAUCUAGAAUGACAUUGGCAGAAGGAGUUAAUCUACAAGAACUUAUUAUGGCCAAGGAUGAUUUGUCUGGUGCUGAUAUCAAGGCAAUUUGUACUGAAGCUGGUUUAAUGGCUCUUCGUGAACGCCGUAUGAAAGUAACUAAUGAAGAUUUCAAAAAGUCUAAAGAGAGCGUUUUAUACCGCAAGAAAGAAGGCACUCCUGAAGGAUUAUAUUUGUAAUGUGUUUUAUCAAUAAGUGGUCACAUAUGAAUUUUUUUCUUUUACUGCUGUAUUUUAAUAUUACUUACAUCUUAAAAUGUAUUGUAAUUAUAAUAAAAAAGUAAUAAUAAUAAAUUAUUUGUUGCUUCUUAUCAUAUAUGGUCCUAAUAAUUAAAUUAUUUAUCAAAUUCCCUAUAAUA